AUGAUACGUAGUGGAUAUAUGGAGUUGCUAGUCGACAAGAUUGAAUGUAAACAAGAGAUAAUGUUUGAUGUUAGCCUACAAUACCUCAUGCAGAACAUGAAUGUACGUCUGUUCAAUCUAAUCAUGGUGGAGCAUAGAAGUGUGAGAGAGAGAUUGUUGGCAGAUCCUUGUCUACUUCAGUUUGCUUGUCAAUCGGGCAACAUUGAACUUGUCAAGAUGAUGCUGGAUAUGGCGGAUGAUUAUCAAGCUGGUGGUGUCAACAGGUGGUCAACAAAUGGUCAGAUACUGGUUUGGUCAGCACUUGUGAUGGGUCACGUACACAUUGCCAGACUGUUGCUCCAAGAACAAAAGAGAGAAGUUGACCUCAUUGACAAUGAUACAAGACUCAAACUCUGCGAGAUGAGCUUUGUAAACUUUGACACGCCUCGCUUCAUCAUCAAACGGUUCCAAAUCCCGCUGAUAUCCACAACCUCUGAAUUCUCCAUCAACCCUGGGUUGCGUACCGAAGUCCUUGGGAUCAUGGUCAAAAACUGGACCUUAGGACAUUCGUUCAAUUGCAUGCUCAAGACGUUCAAGGUCAAGGACAUUGGCCUGAUGAAUCGUCUGGUCCUGGUACACUUUACCAGAAACAUCAUCCUUCAGACCAGCGCAGUGAUGAAGGCAUUAAUGUCGCUAAUGCGCCAGAAGCCAGGCCUGGUUCGAUCCAAGCUCAGUCGCUUCAAGUCGACGUUCAAACUGAUGGAUCUCCGCUUCUCGACAUACGACCUUCACACGAGUCUGAACACGAUCCAGCAGAUGCUCAGACUCAGAAGCUUGUUCCCCAAGGAAUCGACAUUGUACAACCUUGUCAUGGACCGUCUAUUGGUGAUUGAAUUCGCAAAGAAGGUGUAUUCGAAUCUGGACCCAGUAUUACGAUCAAUGUCGACCAAUACCUUGCAGAGACAUUGUCCAGCAUGCAACUCGCUGAUAUGUUUAUGA